AUGUUUUAAUAGAACAAUGGUCAAGAUAAUUAAGAACCUAAUCCAUAACAAUAAUAAAAUAAUUCUUAAGAUGCAGAAUAGAUUCAAAAUGAAAAUCAGGAUAUAUAGCACAACUAAAAUUAACAAUAAAAUUAUUUUUGGCGUAAUGUACCAUAUUCAGAGUUUUAACUAUCUUAAAAAAACCAAAUAAAAGGUCUAAUUAGUGUUAUUGAAGAAACUCCAAAUGAUAGAUUCAUUCAUAGAUAAUUUUUAGAAAAAACUUGCAAUAAAUUCUAAUAAAAAUUUUUAGAUGAUUAUGAAGAUGUUAGAACUUUUGAAUAAUUACAUUAAAUAAUUUAGAAAAAUUAUAAUAAUAGAAAAUAAUUAUAUGAGUCUUAAUUAGAUGCAAUCCCAAACCUCAUUCAUGACUGGGAUGAUAAAGUAAAGAGUUCGAAAUUAUAUUAAAUAAUGAAAAUAGUAAAAAGUCCAAAUAGAAGUUUAUAUAUAUCAAAAGACAUAAGUAAAGAAGUCUAUUUUGAUGAAAUAAAAUAGAAUUUAAAUUCUAAAGAAUUAGAAUAGUUAAAUAACUUAAAUGAUUCAUAAGAAACUCUAAAAUGGUUAGGUAUUUUCAAUAAUUUCAAAGUUAAACCUAUUUAGGUUUUGAAUUAGCAAAUGAAUAUAGCAAAAUAGCACGAAUUUAAAAAUGACGAGAAUGUAAAUUUUAUUUAAUUAUUAUAAUAGUAAGUUUUCUUUGAAAUUUAUAAAAUAUUUGCAUUUCCUUAUUUGUACUUUAAUUAAUGUUUUAAAUAUGAUAUUGAAGCUUAAAGUGUGCAUUUUUAAAUACCAAGGAAUAUAAAUAUUGAGAUUAAAUCUAAUGAAAGAGAAUAAAUUCCUCUUUUGAAUGAAGAUUCAUUAAUGAGCACUAUUCCAUCUUAUAUAUUUUAGAGCAAUAUACUAUCAUUUUUAGGUAUUAUAGAUAUAUUCAAAUUGAGAAUAGUUUGUAGAUAUUUUAAAACAAUGUAAUAUGAUUGUAAUUGAUUAAUAGGGUUGAAAAAUAUUGGUAUAUUCCUUAUAAGAAAGAAAUUAUAGAGUAUGAAAUAGCAAAAGAUUUAGCUCACUAAUAUGAAACUUUAAAGAAUUUUUAGAUUGCAGCAGGAACACUUAAAUAGAAAUUACGAACUUGUAUUGAUAUGAUAAUGAACUUUAUAAAUUGGGAUGAUUUACAUCAAUAAAUAGAAGCUGGUUUAAAUGAUAUUGAGAUUUAUAGACCACUUAUUAUGAUGCUUAGAUUAUUUAAUAAAUAAUAAACGAUUUGUCAUAGUUUUGAAAUUAAUGGUUAAUUUAGUAUUACAGAAUUAGCCAAAGACAUUAAAUAAUAAAUACUUGAUUACUUAAAUUUGUAAUUUCUACCUUUAAGUUAUAAAUAAAUGAAACAACUUUAAUAAUCAGCAUUAUCAGCACCUGAAUUUAAUAUUGUAGGUUUAAUUCAUCCUGAAGUAAACUUAAAUUAAUUACUUACAUUUUUACUUUAAGCUUUAUAUUUUCAUGGUUGGAUGGUAUAAACAAUAACAAUUUAAGAUGAAAUAUUAAAAAAAAGAAAAAAGUAUAAAUUUUAUUUAUAAAAAAAGGGAACUAUAAAUUAUUGAUUAAAAAUAAAUUUAUAAUUAGAACUUCUUAAAAUUAGCUUAUAAAUAUAUUUACAAUAUGAAUGAAUUUUAACCUAGUAAAGACACUGAAGAACAAAUUUAAAUAAUGAUAAAAUUAGUAUUAUUAUCUUAUAUUAUAAAUAGAGUUAAAUAUCUUAAGAGGCUUUAAAACACUUAAAUUUCAGUCCUAAUAGAAAUUAUUUAAAUAAUCCUUUAGGUGUUAUAUAAUUAAAUAAUGAUAUUACUAAAAUACAUUUAGAUAUCUUUUUUUAAAUUGAACUAUUAACAUAUGUUUGUUCUCGUCAAAAAUUUUAUCUAGAUGAUCUUGAAGAUGAAAAUCAAGAUAUAUAAUUUACUUAAGAAAAUAAUAAUAAUACUAAUAAUUCAGAGGAGCCUAAUUCUCAUAAUUAAGAAAGAGUUGAAGAAGACAAGGAGUAAAAUUAUUAAGAGGAGGAAAAGUCUAUGAAAUAAAAUGAUCCAUAACCAGAUUGA